CCGCACCUCGGAUCUGCAACCUCGUCAUUGUCACCAUAAAUAUUCAUCAAACCCGACGACACUCCUCCGUCGCUCCGAGCGCAGACGAUCUCAUAACCUGAGAAGCUUGUAGGUUUUGCUCUGUCCGAAGGCGAUGUCGGGGCGAGGGAAGGGCGGCAAGGGUUUGGGCAAGGGCGGGGCGAAGCGCCACCGCAAGGUGCUCCGCGACAACAUCCAGGGCAUCACCAAACCGGCGAUCCGGCGCCUGGCGAGGAGGGGCGGCGUGAAGCGCAUCAGCGGCCUUAUCUACGAGGAGACCCGCGGCGUCCUCAAGAUCUUCCUCGAGAAUGUGAUCCGAGACGCUGUUACCUACACCGAGCACGCCCGUCGGAAGACCGUCACCGCCAUGGACGUCGUCUACGCCCUGAAGAGGCAGGGAAGGACUCUCUAUGGUUUUGGUGGUUAGGGCUUUGUGUUUGUUAAAAGUCUUGCUGUCAAGAAACUAAAAACGACGGCGGAUUGGAUUAGUCGCUAAUCUAAUGGUUUCUUUAGUCUAAUGCCGUCUGGUUGUCGUCGACGCAUCGUGUAUAAGAAGAGUUCUGUAGCCAUUUCUCACGAUUAUGCAA